UUUAAGAGUUUCCCCACGUUUAACGUCAUACCAAUUCUUAGCUCACAUUUUAGUAACAAUCAAAGUAAACGAAUUUAACUUUCUAUUCGCUUAUAGAAAGUUUCUUAACAUUUGUGUCCCGCAAAGUUCAACGAAAUAUAUUCAAUUCAUUUGUUGCAAACCAUGGGUUUCGAUGUCUCGAGAUUUUACGGCAAAGUGCACGACGACAUCAUAUGUCCGAUAUGUUUCGGAGUCCUUGAGAAUCCAUACGAAGUGGAGCCGUGCGGACACAUCUUCUGCGAGAAAUGCAUCAGAAGAUGGAUAGAGACGCCGAUGUUUGGUCCGUCUACCUGUCCCAUCGACAGGAACGAGAUAUCUCAUCAUAAAGUAAGGCCGGCGCCAAAAUUCCUCUACAGUUAUCUCAAACAAAUGCCAACAAAAUGCGAGUUCGCUUCCGAGGGAUGUAUUGUUUCCGUCAAACUCGAAGAUAUGGCUAAACACAGAGCUCUCUGUCCGCUGAACCCAUCC